AUGGCACCCUCAGCUCCAUCAUCGGCGCUGAACGGCGUUGUCAUUGGAUUGCUUUCAUCCUUUGGUUCCGCCGUCCUUAUCGCUCUCAUCUUCCUCGUCAUCUACUUCUUCAGAUACACGGCCAGUGGUCGCAUCUUUCUCGAUCGCAUCGGCCGACCAGGCGAAUAUGACGAUGAGCAGGCUUUUGCCCGGGAGGAGGCCGAGGCUCUCGAGUCUAUGGACGAUAUGCAGAAGACCGAGUACCUCAGGGCAAAAGCAUUCAUCCAAGCGAACCCCCCCGAAUCCGUUCAAACCGACAUUUCUCUAUCGCAAUACCUCGCCAUUCAAGAAAAGGGUGUUUCUGCUUGGGAAUUUGAACCCGAGCUGGAAAUCGCAAACUGUUUCGUCGAAGGCCGCACCGAGAUUGAGUUCUUCGACUCUGAAUGCACCGUCAUGAGCAACUUGCCUGUGCCCAAGCAAAACGAGGUCUACUACUGGGAAGCCAAGAUCUACGAUAAGCCCGAAAAUACCCUCCUCAGCAUCGGCAUGGCUACCAAACCGUACCCGUUGUUCAGACUACCAGGUAUAUGGCAUUCCAGCCCCUCGCUGCAACCGCAUGACGCUAACCGUCCAGGCUUCCACAAACAUUCCGUAGCAUACCUGUCAGCAGGCCAGCGCCGUUGCAACCAGCCAUUUGCCGCAACCCCCUACGGACCUCAGUUCGUUCAGGGCGAUGUUAUCGGUGUUGGUUAUCGUCCCCGAACGGGCACCAUUUUCUUCACCCGCAAUGGUAAGAAGCUGGAAGAUGCCGUUCACGGUGUAAAGUCGCAAAAUUUCUUCCCUGCCAUCGGUGCCAACGGGCCCUGCAUCGUCCACGUCAACUUUGGCCAGGCCGGCUUCGUCUUCAUCGAGGCCAACGUGAAGAAAUGGGGUCUUGCCCCCAUGACGGGCAGCCUGGCACCGCCGCCACCGUAUGGCUCCGAACAGGGCGAUAUCCUGCUCGAAGCUGGACGUAAGGACGGAUACACAGGCACCAGCGGCGGCGGCGGCGGACAGCAGCAGCGGGGCCACUCUCAGACACAGUCCUACUCGCAAAGUGGCUUGGGACCUCAACAUGGGCGGACGAGAAGCGGAAACUUCAGAGUACUUCCACCGAGGAGCCCCGGUCCCGUAAGAAGCCCGACUGACAUCUCCCUGACGCACUUUGUGUCCGACGAUGAGGGCGGCGAGCCAAGCAGCAGCAUCAAUCGCGGGCACGAAGGGCAAAGCGUCGUAGGGCUUGGGCUUCAAGACGCCUUGAACCCGCCACCCGAGUAUACGAGCCCCGACCACUCGGAGGCCGGCAGUCGUCGGAACAGCACAGACAGCGAAAAUACGCCGUUGAUCCGCGUUCUUAAUCGGAGUCGAGGCGCCUCGGCAGCCGCUGCGGCCGGACCAUCGCACCCACCGAUACCUAGCUACACCGAUGCGGUGAGAGCCGGCGCGGGGCGGGAGGGGAAUAGCACUCCGCGAUCCAGCAAUCUACGCGGCAACCGGUCGAGGUCUCAGAGCGCACAAUGA